GCUGCCCAAAGCCCCCUGAGAUUGCAAAUGGCUACAGGGAACACUCAAUUCGCUAUCAGUAAUCCGGCAAACCCGGUGCAGCGGAUCCUGGGUGGACACCUGGAUGCCAAAGGCAGCUUUCCCUGGCAGGCUAAGAUGGUCUCCCGCCAUAAUCUCACCACAGGGGCCACGCUGAUCAAUGAACAAUGGCUGUUGACCACGGCUAAAAAUCUCCUCCUGAGCCAUUCAGAAAAUGCCAUAGCGAAAGACAUUGCUCCUACUUUAACACUCUAUGUGGGGGAAAAGCAGCUUGUAGAGAUUGAGAAGGUGGUUCUACACCCUAACUACUCCCAGGUAGAUAUUGGGCUCAUCAAACUCAAACAGAAAGUGUCUGUUAAUGAGAGAGUGAUGCCCAUCUGCCUACCUUCAAAGGAUUAUGCAGAAGUAGGGCGUGUGGGUUACGUGUCUGGCUGGGGACAAAAUGACAACUUUAAACUUACUGACCAUCUGAAGUAUGUCAUGCUGCCUGUGGCUGACCAAGACCAAUGCGUAAGGCACUAUGAAGGCAGCACAGUCCCCGAAAGGAAGGCACCGAAGAGGCCUGUAGGGGUGCAGCCCAUACUGAAUGAACACACCUUCUGUGCCGGCAUGUCUAAGUACCAGGAAGACACCUGCUAUGGCGAUGCGGGCAGUGCCUUUGCCGUUCACGACCUGGAGGAAGACACCUGGUACGCGGCUGGGAUCCUAAGCUUUGAUAAGAGCUGUGCUGUGGCUGAGUACGGUGUGUAUGUGAAGGUGACUUCCAUCCAGGACUGGGUUCAGAAGACCAUAGCUGAGAACUAA